AUGGAGUGCUUACAUGGAAAACCUGCUGCUAAUUCCACAACAAGCAAUGGAUCAUUUUGGUUUUGUGGUCAGAAUCCCAGUUGCAAUUUCUUUUGUACAGAAGACGAAGGCUACAUGCAUGAAAAAGCCAUAACAGCUUGGAGAUGUACGGAGCAGCCUCAUUCUCGGUGCGAUGGACAUCAUAAACUUGCGAAAAUGUGUGUGGUGAAAAAUUUCAUGAAUGUGAAUUAUGGAAGACCAUUCUUCGUGUGUGGAGAAAAGGCGAAGCCGUGUUCCUUUUGGAUGUGGGGUGAUGUACAGCCAUUAGCGAACCUGAGUGCCGUCACAGAUUACCGUGUGCGACUGGAAAGGUGA